AUGGUGGGCAUAGCCAUAAUAGAAAACAGAGAAUGGGUCAAGAUAAAACUUGUUACAGAUGCGGCAAAACUGGUCAUUUCGGAAAAGAUCUUAGCUGUCCAGCAAGAGGAGACGAAGCCCAAGGAAGAGAAAAGACAUAACAUCAAUCGACACUCGCAGCGUAAGGGAACUGUCAAUGCGGUAAAUCCGAAGGAAGAUGAUCAUGAUCCAGUAUAUGCAUUUAUUGUGGGAAGUACCAAACCAGAGAAAGUUGAAGUUAGUGUUGGAGGAUGUCCAUUGUAUAUGAUUAUUGACUCUGGUGCCAGUGUUAACAUCGUUGAUAGGCAAACUUGGGAAUGGCUGAAAAAGAACCGAGUCGUUUGUACGUCAACUCGUUCAGAAAAGAAACUUUAUACCUAUGCUUCACAGGAACCAUUGAAGAUAAUUGGGACAUUUAAUUGCAAAGUUUCUGUUGGUCAUCGUACCUCUGAUGCAGAGAUUUGUGUCAUUUCUGGGAAAGGAGAGUCACUCCUUGGUAAAGAUACAGCCAUGAAACUUGGAGUUCUAAAGAUGGGCAUGGAUAUUGCUUCAGUGAGGUCAAAACCACAGAAUGUCGAAGAAAUUAUUCAGACGAAAUAUCCAGAAGUUUUUAAAGCCGUUGGUAAGUUGAAAGGUCGGACAGUACAACUUCAUAUUAAUUCAGAAGUAAAGCCAGUAGCCCAGCCAGUUCGAAGGAUUCCGUUCAGUUUGCGACCCAAAGUUGAAGAAAAGAUUAAUGAACUUAUAAAUCUAGAUAUUAUUGAACCAGUGGAAGGUCCAACAUCAUGGGUCAAUCCAGUGGUAAUAGUUCCGAAACGAAAUGGGGAGAUAAGACUUUGCGUUGAUAUGCGCAGAGCGAAUGAGGCUAUUAUGCGUGAAAGGCAUCCCAUUCCCACAGUUGAUGAGAUUACACAAGGCAUGAAUGGAAGCAGUGUCUUUAGUAAGCUUGAUUUAAAGUGGGGGUACCAUCAGUUGGAACUAACUCCUGAAUCGAGAGAUAUCACCACGUUUGUCACCCAUUGUGGAUUAUACAGAUAUAAAAGACUAUUGUUUGGAGUCAAUUCUGCAUCGGAGCAAUAUCAGCAUGAAAUUCAGAGAGCACUUGCGGGAUUAGAGGGGCAAGUAAAUAUAUCUGAUGACAUUAUUGUAUACGGACAGAACCAAAAGGAACAUGACACUCGAUUAGAGAAUGUUGUCAAGAGAUUGAGAGAUUUUGGGUUAACACUGAAUGUUGAGAAGUGCCAAUUUAGCAUGGAUCGUCUGACAUUUGUUGGAAUGGUCUUGUCUGAAAAGGGUAUUAGCUGCACAGAAGAAAAGGUGAAAGCAGUAGUCGAAGCUAGAGAACCAGAAUCAGCAUCAGAAGUGCGAAGCUUUCUGGGGCUGGUUAAUUAUUGUGGUCGGUUUAUCCCUGAUUUGGCAACCAUAUCAGAACCCUUAAGAUGUCUGACAAAGAAGGGAUCCAGUUGGAUUAGGGGCGGUGUUGACACAGACCCAGAAAGAUGGUCCACGAGUUGUAAGCUACGCAAGUCGCAGCCUUACUGGGCCUGUGAGAAGUUCCACCAGUAUGUAUAUGGGAUUCAAUUUGAAUUGAUCACAGAUCACAAGCCGUUAGAGGUCAUCUAUGGGCCAAAAUCGAAGCCUUGUGCACGUAUAGAGCGGUGGGUGCUGCGAAUGCAACCAUAUCAAUUUAAAGUAAAAUAUGCCCCGGGAUCAAAGAAUAUUGCUGAUCCGCUAUCAAGAUUGAUAAAUGGCCGUCAAACCUUCAGCGAGUAUGAAGAAGAAGUUGAAAGUUAUGUGCGGUUCGUAGCAGUGAUGGCGACGCCUAGCGCGAUGACAACUCGAGAAGUUGAAGAAGCAUCUGCGGAUGACGAAGAACUUGCGACAGUCAGAAAGUCUAUAAAUGAUAGUUCAUGGGACAAAAUGGCCUACAAACAAUACAUUCCGUGUUGUGAUGAGUUAUGUGUAAUUGGUCAACUGGUACUCAGGGGAACGAGAGUGGUUAUCCCGAAGAAAUUGAGACCUAAGGUGCUGAGUUUGGCUCAUGAGGGGCAUCUCGGUAUUGUGGGAACCAAACAAAAGCUUCGAAGUAAAGUUUGGUGGCCAGGAAUGGAAAAGGAUGCAGAGAAGUAUUGUAAGGCAUGCCAUGGGUGCCAAUUGGUUAGUCGACCUGAUUUUGUAGAACCCAUUAGAACAACUACUCUUCCUAGUGGCCCAUGGAGAGAUUUAGCUGUUGACCUGUUAGGACCUUUGCCGACAGGAGAAUCAAUAUUGGUUAUUAUCGAUUAUUACAGUCGUUAUUACGAGGUUGUUAUCAUGAGAUCAACUGUUACUGAUAAGAUAAUCGAGAGUCUUGAAGAAGUCUUCUGUAGAUAUGGUCUUCCAGAAAGUAUUACAUCAGAUAACGGACCUCAAUUUAUCUCUUCUGAGUUCAAAGCCUAUAUGGAUUAUCAAAGAAUUCGACACCGAAGAGUUACUGCGAAGUGGCCCCAAGCAAACGGCGAGGUGGAACGACAAAAUCGGUCACUGUUGAAGAGAAUCCAGAUCGCACAGGUAGAGAAGAAAGAUUGGAGGAAAGAAAUGUAUAUCUGUCCUCUUAUCGUAGUUUACCCCAUCCCACUACGGGAGUGAGCCCUGCGGAAUUGUUGUUUGGGCGGAAAAUACGAACGCGUUUGCCAGAACUUCGGGAUGUGUAUGUUGAUCUGGAAGUAAGAGAUCGAGAUCAUGAGCAGAAGAAUAAAAGUAAAGAGUAUGCUGAUGACAAACGAAGGGCUUGUUACUCCGAUAUUUGUCCAGGUGAUAAAGUCUUGGUUCAGCAAGAGAGGAAGAAUAAAUUCUCAACCCGAUUCAAUCCUGUUCCUUUUACGGUGGUGAGGAAACAUGGGAAUAGUUUGGUAGUCCAAUCGAAAGAUGGAGUACAAUAUUCACGCAAUACCUCACAUUGUAAAAAGUUUCUAGAAGAUUUUGAAGGAGAGUGUCAGUCAGAAAUUGAUACAGAACAAGUGGAGUCACCUACCAGUAUAGGAAAUAACGAUAUUCAACAAACGACCAUUGAGACAGAGGUGCAAGAUUUCGUGUCAACGCAGCAAGAAACAGCAGGUGAAGACAGAAGAAUUCCAGAAGAGGGAGUAGGACAGGCGAGUAUCGCUAAGAAAAACGUUCCGUUAAGACGAUCAGAUAGGAUUAAAAAGAAACCUAGUUAUCUAAACGAUUAUGAACAUUGAAAUUACUUCUAGUUAGUAGGAUAUUGUAAUUUCUAGUU